AUGAACGACGAAGAUGCCAUGGCCAAUAUAUACAAAAAGAUCGAGCGCGAAAAGGCUCUGAUCAAUGCUGCCAAUUCUAUGCGACAGCAGACCAACAACGAUGAUGUCAGAUCCCGUCUCGACAGUCAGAUGCGAGAAGGUCGUCGGAACCUCCAAUUCUUCGAAGAAAAGCUUCGCGAUUUACAGAUGAAGCGUAUUGGACAAGGAGUCGACAGCAUGAGUAUUGGAUCCAGCUCUACUGCCACCGGUUCGGGUCGUCCUCCUAGUGGUGAUGUGCGAAGCGAUGGUCAAGGGCCACCUAUGCCUCCCCCCAAGGAUGCCGGCGACUGGUCAGGCGGAGAUAGGGCAUCCUAUGGCUCGUUGCCAUAUAGUCAGAUAGGUGGCCACGGAGAUUUAAUGCCGCCACGACAUCCAUUCACCCCUCCAGGCCCGACCUCCUCCAUCCCCAAACUGAGACCGAAUUUUACGAAGUUAGAUCUAAUAAAAUAUGACACUCCGUACCUCGGUCCACGAAUCCAACUCAUGCUCUCCCAGAUCGAGUUCAAGCUCAAGGUUGAGGAUCAAUAUCUCAAGGGAAUAGAAAAGAUGGUACAGCUCUACGGCAUGGAGGGUGACCGCAAGAGCAAAGCGGACGCCGCCGCUAGGAAGGUUGAGAGCAAACAGAAGAUUCAUCUCUUGAAACAGGCACUCAAGAGAUAUGAAGAGCUCCAUAUAGACGAUUUGGAUUCGGCCGAUUCCCCCGAUGAUGACAGUAUUAAUAUGCCGAACUUGCGCAAACCAUUAACCGGACAGCUUUCGAUUCGCGUCGUUCAGGUAAGGGACGUCGAUCAUGCUAGUACUGGGCGGUUCUCGCGAGGUCCGGAAACCUUUGUCGCUGUUAAGGUUGAGGAUAACGUUGUCGCGCGGACGAAGGUGUCACGGACGGAUCGGUGGGAAGCCGAAUACCACAACAUCGAGGUGGAUAAGGCGAACGAGAUAGAACUUACAGUAUACGAUAAGCCGGGCGAGCAUGCUUUGCCUAUAGCUAUGCUGUGGGUACGAAUAUCAGAUAUCGUGGAGGAGAUGCGACGAAAGAGGAUCGAGGCCGAGGUCAAUAAUUCUGGCUGGGUGUCCGCCGAUAGGAUGGGAGGACCGGGUGCACCUCCGCCUCAGUUCCCAAUGGAUCCGGCGCAGCCUCAAUUUGGUGGUGCCGGCCCUACGUCUCCGACUGGUGCAGGUCCGAGCCAGCAGCCGUUCGGUCCCCAAGCCGUGCCGCAAGUUACGUCCCAACCGAUCGACGCAUGGUUUAACUUGGAGCCUACAGGUGCCAUCCACCUCUCCCUCAACUUUAUAAAGCAGAACAAGGACCGUAGGCCUGUGGACUUGGGGUUGGGACGAAAGGGCGCUAUCCGUCAACGCAAGGAGGAAGUUCACGAGAUGUACGGACACAAGUUCGUGCAGCACCAAUUCUACAACAUCAUGCGUUGCGCGCUGUGCGGAGAUUUCCUCAAAUAUUCGGCAGGGAUGCAGUGCGAGGAUUGCAAAUACACUUGCCAUACGAAAUGUUAUUCGAGUGUGGUUACGAAGUGUAUCAGUAAAAGCAACGCCGAAACGGACCCGGAAGAAGAGAAAAUCAAUCAUCGCAUCCCUCACAGGUUUGCCCCAUUUUCGAAUGUUACAGCCAAUUGGUGUUGUCACUGUGGUUACAUUCUGCCCUUUGGCAAGAAAAACUGCAGAAAGUGUACCGAAUGUGGACUCACCGCACACGCGCAAUGCGUUCACCUCGUUCCGGACUUCUGCGGUAUGAGUAUGGCUGUUGCUAACCAAAUCUUGGAAGGCAUCAGAACACAAAAACAGCGACAACAAAAGGUCACUUCCUUGAGUGAAAAGACCCUAAGACAAGGCAAGAUGAGCCCUACGAGUUCAUCGGGUCCUAUGUCGCCUUAUGGCAGCACUCAGGGAGGGCCUUCGUACCAACCGAGUAUCGCUUCUCAAGAGGCAACCGACGCCGCUAAGGCCAUGUACGCUAGUCAGACAUCACCCUCGAGACCGGUUCAUCCUGAUCGCACUUCGUCUGGUUCGAGCGCCGCCGCAGCUGCUGCUGCUACAGCUGCCAUGAGCGGCACUAUGGCAUCCCAAUCGAGUCGUCCGGGACAAAUUUUGGAUUACUCUUCUGGCAGAGUAGGAGGUUAUGGGGGAGCUUUAGAUGCUCAAGAGGAUCCGUAUGCUGCCGGCCAAGGAUACAAUAUGCCUACGCAACCUAAAUAUAACCCAGCAGCAUACGCGAAUGUUUCCAACUAUCCUCCAAGCCAACCGCAAAUAGCUCAGCAGCAGCAGCAGCAGCAGCAACAGCAACAGCCACGUCCAAUCCAAACCCAAUCACCCGCGCCGCAAAUACAACAGCAGCAGAUGUAUACUCCUACAGCGCCUGUGUCUAAGCCUCAGCCGCUACAGGAGACCCCUUCCCUAAUAUCUGGUUCGACGUUACCGCCUCCUUCGAGAAAACCCUUACCUUCUGCAACGGAUCCGGGCACAGGCCAGCGUAUCGGGUUGGACCACUUCAACUUCUUAGCAGUCCUUGGAAAGGGUAAUUUUGGUAAAGUUAUGUUGGCAGAGACGAAGAAGUCCCGCCGUCUUUAUGCCAUAAAAGUGCUGAAGAAGGAGUUCAUCAUCGAAAACGACGAGGUUGAAAGCAUUCGAUCAGAGAAGAGGGUAUUCUUGAUUGCGAACAGGGAACGUCAUCCCUUCUUGACGAACUUACACGCAUGUUUCCAAACCGAGACGAGGGUAUACUUUGUCAUGGAGUACAUUAGUGGUGGCGAUCUGAUGUUGCACAUUCAACGUGGUCAAUUUGGCACCAAACGUGCCCAAUUUUACGCUUCCGAAGUCUGCUUGGCUUUGAAGUACUUCCACGAGAAUGGCGUCAUCUAUCGUGAUCUCAAGCUUGACAACAUCCUUCUCACCUUAGACGGUCACAUCAAGAUCGCAGAUUACGGUUUGUGCAAAGAAGACAUGUGGUAUGGUUCGACCACGAGUACCUUCUGCGGUACGCCAGAAUUCAUGGCCCCUGAGAUCUUAUUAGAUAAAAAAUAUGGGAGAGCAGUUGAUUGGUGGGCUUUUGGAGUUCUGAUUUACCAGAUGCUUUUACAGCAGUCUCCCUUCCGAGGUGAAGAUGAAGAUGAGAUCUACGACGCUAUCCUCGCGGACGAGCCGCUUUAUCCCAUCCACAUGCCUAGGGAAUCAGUUUCGAUCCUACAAAAGCUUCUUACAAGAGAUCCUGACCAAAGACUUGGUAGCGGACCAACUGAUGCUCAGGAGGUUAUGAGUCAGCCAUUCUUUAGGAACAUUGUAUGGGACGACAUCUAUCACAAGAGGGUUGCACCUCCAUUCAUGCCCACCAUCAAGAAUGCAACGGAUACUAGCAACUUUGAUUCUGAGUUUACUAGCGUCACACCAGUUCUAACGCCGGUGCAAUCAGUUCUGUCCCAAUCGAUGCAAGAAGAAUUCCGCGGAUUCUCGUAUACGGCGGAUUUUGAUUAG